GAAAAAAAAGACAAACGAUCCCGCUUCAAAGCCUCCUGUUUUGUAGGAACUCUCUCCCUUCUCCUCAUUCUUCAACCUCCGAAUCACCAAAUCUCAGUUCUUUGAUUCCCGAAGAACAAGUUUUCUUGAUUCGCAAGAAAACCCUAAAUAAUAAUAAUAAUUACAUUUUGACAAAUGGGGAAGGAGAAGAAAACAGAGUCUUACGACAAUGGCAGUUACAACUACAAAAUGUUCAAAUGCUUCAACCGUAAAUUCAAGAUCAACGAAGUCCAACCCACCGACGACGUCCGCGACGCCUUCUGCCAAUUCGCCGUCGGCUGCGGCGGCGGCGGAGGCGACGGAGAUUCCAGCGACGGAGACGCAUCAUCAGGCGUCAUGGGGGCAGAGCAGCUCUGUUCUUUCCUCGACGACCACCAAGGAGACUCAGGAACCACCGUCGCGGAGGCGCAACGGUUGAUCAACGAGGUCAUACGACGGAGACACCACGUCACGCGGUUCACACGCCACGGACUUGACCUGGACGAUUUCUUCAACUUCCUCUUCUACGACGAUCUCAAUCCUCCCAUCACGCCUCACGUACAUCAAGACAUGUCGGCUCCAUUGUCGCAUUACUUUAUAUACACGGGACACAACUCGUAUCUCACGGGGAAUCAACUAAGCAGCGAUUGCAGCGAAGUCCCUGUGAUCAAAGCUUUGCAAAGAGGAGUUCGUGUCAUUGAGCUUGAUCUUUGGCCUAACUCUACUGGAACAGAUAUCAAUGUUCUUCAUGGAAGAACGCUCACAACGCCUGUACCGCUAAUUAGUUGCUUGAAAGCGAUAAGAGAUUACGCGUUUUCUAGCUCACCUUAUCCGGUUAUCAUCACUUUAGAGGAUCAUCUUACUGCUGAUCUUCAAGCCAAAGUGGCUGAGAUGGCUACGCUGAUAUUUGGAGAAAUGUUGUAUUACCCUGAAUCAGAAAGCUUAGCAGAGUUUCCUUCUCCUGCUUCACUGCUACAUCGGAUAAUGAUCUCAACUAAACCACCUAAAGAGUAUCUUGAAUCAAGCAACCCUAUUGUUAAACAAAAGGACAAUAAUAAUGCAUCUCCAUCGUCAGAGGAAGAAACACCUAGAAAAGAGGAGAUUCAGACACUAGAAAGCAUCUUGUUUUAUGAAGAUUGUUGUGAAAACAAGAAUGAUAGUGAUCAAGAGGAAGAAGAAGCCAGUGAAGAACAGAAGCCAGCUUACAAAAGAUUGAUCACCAUUCAUGCGGGGAAACCAAAGGGGACGGUGAAAGAAGAGAUGAAAGUUGUGGUUGAUAAAGUGAGACGUUUGAGUUUAAGUGAGCAGGAACUGGACAGGACUUGUUCAUCAAAUAGUCAGGAUGUUGUAAGGUUUACACAGAGGAAUAUACUUCGCAUAUACCCAAAAGGGACAAGGUUUAACUCCUCAAACUAUAAACCGCUUAUUGGUUGGAUUCAUGGAGCACAAAUGAUUGCAUUCAAUAUGCAGGGAUAUGGGAAAUCUCUGUGGUUGAUGCACGGCAUGUUUAGAGCCAAUGGAGGUUGCGGAUAUGUAAAGAAACCUAACUUCUUGAUGAAGAAAGGCUUUCAUGAUGAAGUAUUUGACCCUAGAAAGAAAAUUCCUGUGAAAGAAACGUUAAAGGUGAAAGUGUAUAUGGGAGAUGGAUGGCGUCUAGACUUCAGUCACACUCAUUUCGAUUCAUAUUCUCCUCCUGAUUUCUACACUAAGGUGUACGUAGUGGGUGUACCAGCAGAUAAUGCAAAGAGGAAAACAAGAGUAAUUGAAGACAAUUGGUAUCCAAUUUGGGAUGAGGAGUUCAGUUUCCCACUAACAGUUCCAGAGCUUGCAUUGCUUAGGAUCGAAGUUAGUGAGUACGAUAUGUCUGAUAAAGAUGACUUUGGUGGACAAACAUGCUUGCCUGUUUCAGAAUUAAGACCGGGGAUUCGAUCUGUGCCUUUGUAUGAUAAGAAGGGUGAGAAGAUGAAAUCAGUAAAGCUACUUAUGCGUUUCAUCUUUGAAUGAUUUGGUUUAAUAGAAAUGGAUGCACCAAUUAAAAAAAAG